AUGCCUUCAAGCCACCAGUGGAUGGGCUUCCAGAAGCAGAAGUACUUCCAGCAGCCUGGCCUUUCAUUCACCAUCCUUGGAUGCUUCCAGAGUAGAGUACUUCCAGCAGCCCCCAACUGCCUUCAGUCCACCAGUCUGGAUGCUUCCAGUCAGCCCCCAUUGAGGUACUUCCAGCAGCAAACUGCCUUCAGUCCACCAGUCUUGGGAUGCUUCCAGAAACUUGAGUACUUCCAGAGCCCACCCAUAGCCCCCAACUGCCUUCAGUCCACCAUCCUUGUAUGCUUCCAGAGCAGCGAGUACUUCCAGCAGCCCCCCAACUGCCUUCAGUCCACCAGCCUAUGGAGCUUCCAGAGAGGUCUUCCAGCAGCCCCCCAACUACCUUCCAGUCCACCAGUCUUUGGAUGCUUCCAGAACAAAGUCUUCCAGCAGCCCCCCAACGCCUUUCAGUCCACCCACCCUGGAUGCUUCCAGAGCCAGAAGUACUUUCCAGCUUGCCCCCCCAACUGCCUUCAGUCCACCAGUCUUGGAUGCUUUCCAGAGCAGAGUACCUUCAGCAGCCCCCCAACUGCCUUCCGUCCACCAGUCUUGGAUGCUUCCAGAGUAGAGUUCUUCCAGCAGCCCCCCAAACCUGCCUUCCAGGUCCAACCAGUCCUUGGAUGCUUCCAGAGCGAGUUCUUCCAGCAGCCCCCCCAACCCUGCCCUUCAAGUCCACCAGCCUUGGAUGCUUCCCAGAGUAGAGUUACUUCCAGCAGCCCCCCAACUGCUUCAGUCCAUUCAGUCUUGGAUGUUUCCAGAAAACCAGAGUUACUUCCACCAGCCCCCCAACUGCCUUCAGUCCACCAGCUUUGGAUUCUUCCAGAGGGCCACCAGUUUUUUGGAUGCUUCCGAGUAGAGUUCUUCCAGCAGCCCCCCAACCCCAAAUGCCUUCAGUCCACCAGCCUUGGAUCUUCCAGAGUAGAGUUCUUCCAGCAGCCCCCCAAACUGCCCUUCAGUCCACCAGCCUUGGAUGUUUCCAGGAAUAGAGUUCUUCCACCAGCCCCCAAACUGCCUUCAGUCCACCAGUCUUGGAUGCUUCCAAGAAUAGAGUAUUCCAGCAGCCCCCUACAAACUGCCUUCAGUCCACCACUUGGAUGUUUCCAGAAGAGUUCUUCCACAAGCCCCCCACCCUGCCUUCGUCCACCAGCCUUGGAUGCUUCAGAGUAG